AUGCCUAGAGUUUACACGCCUGGGAGACCUGUUUAUUGGAAGGCCUAUAAGAGGGAUCCAGAAGACAUUGUCACGAAUAGGUGGAAGAAGAGUUUGGAGGAGAGCGGUGUCAAGGAAGGUGAGGGGGAGAGGAAUGUCGCCGAAGCGGAGGUUCGGGUAAAGUCGAAGAAGAGAGAGAUAGAGACGGUAUCAAUCAGGUCGUUCGUACUCUCCAGGUGUCCAAGCUUACUGAAAGAUUAUGUCCCUACGUGGUGGCUUAGGGCUGGGCAUCUCAAUACGAUCUAUUGCGUCGUGGGUGACUUUACCAAGAAAGAUCUAGUCGAAUACGAGCGGACACUCUUACGGCUUCCAGAUGGUGGAACAAUUGGUCUAGACUUUACACCGCCCUCGUACGAACGUCCACUUGACCCCAAGACGCCUAUCGUCGUCGUUUUGCAUGGUCUUUCUGGAGGUACGCGCUACUUUUGUUCGUUCGAAUCGUAUGUGAGAGACAUUCUCGCUGCCGCAACUGCACCCAAGGAGAAAGGAGGAUUAGGAUAUCGUGGAGUUGUGAUGAAUUUUAGAGGAUGCGCCGGCGUCCCUCUCACGACGGCCCAACUCUAUGGAGGAGCCCAUACAGAAGAUAUCCGAUCCACUAUCCUUUACCUUCGUCAAGCGUAUCCUGAGGCUCCAUUGUUGGGCGUUGGGUUCUCGUUGGGCGCAAAUGUAUUGUCCAUGUAUGUUGAGGAAGAGGGCGCUAGCUGUGCGUUGUCGAGUGUUUGCGUUUUGGGAAAUCCAUGGAACCUGAACCUCAACAGUGACCGUCUCGAAAAACGAUUCCUCUACCGCAACAUCUACGCCAAAGCAAUGGGCGGAAACCUCCUCUUCCUACUCCAAGGUCACCUCGAAACUCUCGCCAAGCUAGCACCCACAAAAGCCACUCCCCACAUUCAACACCUCCUCACCAUGCGUGCACCGACUCUAAAAGAUUUCGAUCAUCACGUCACGCGAUUCAUAGGGGGGACACCACCCAAGUACCCGUUCGCAUCAGCCGAUCACUAUUAUGCUGGCUCCACGACUCAUAAGAGGACACACGAGAUCAUGGUCCCCUUCUUGGCGUUCAAUACGGAGGACGAUCCCAUCGUCGCUGAAAACCCUAUAGAGGAGAUCGAACGCGAUGGGAAAUUCGUCUGUCAGGUGGUUACGCCUUAUGGAGGACAUUUGGGAUGGUUCGAAGGUGGGAAGGGGAUUGCGAGUGGGUUGGGGUUGGCUAAAGGUGGGCCACCUCCUAGAUGGGUUAGGAAACCUGUUCUGGAAUGGUUGGAAGCUACCGGUGAGGAUGUAGCGGAUCUUUCGGGUGGUGGUGGUGUUGGUGUUGGCGAAGGGGCGGAAGGGAGGGGGUUGAAGAGGAAGUUUAAGGUCGUGAAGAAUGAGAGAGGGUUUACGAUGUUGGAAGGGAGUGACGUCGUUGGGUACAAGUUGCUCGUCAAGGUUGACAAGGUUAAGCAGCCUGAACCGGCUGGGCAUUCACAGGCUGUUGGGAGUGUGGCUUAA